GAGACACAACGCUGCUUGACAGGGUCAGACACACCCUAACAGCACAGGAGCGACGCUCAGGUGAUCAUUUGUGACCUGAAUGCGCCGCUGCACGUGGAGACAGCGCGCAGCUUUGUGAAGCAGACUUGGUCGCGAGCUCGUGCGUCGCUGCAGAAACACAGGAAGAAGUGUGAAGACGGAUGUAUGACAAUGAGGCACGCUGAGAACCGGAGCAGGCAGCCCGGGUUUGUGUCACUGGCUCCGCGUCUUUAACUUGAAAUCUGUAGAAACACAUGAGACGCACGAGCCGCUGGUCUGUGUGGAUUACCGAAGUCUGAAUUAAUCGGCACCCAGUGGAUUUAAGUGUUUGAGGGGACGACAUGGGGACCCAGGGGACAGGACGGAAAAGGUCCACUAAAAAGGACAAAACGACGGCAGAGGACGAUGCCCUGAAUCUCAUAGCCAGAGAGGCCGAGGCCAGGCUGGCAGCAAAGAGGGCAGCCAGGGCAGAGGCCCGAGAGAUCCGCAUGAAGGAGCUGGAGCGACAACAGAAAGAGAUCUUUCAGGUGCAGAAGAAAUACUAUGGCUUGAACACCAAAUUAGAUGACCGCGUGGACAACAAAUGGGGAGAUAUUGAACAAUGGAUGGAAGACAGUGAGAGGUACUCACGUCCUUCACGGAUUCACAUGCUCUCAGACGACGAUGAGCGGAUGUCAGUGGGAAGCCGAGGCAGCGCCAGGUCGGAUCUUGAUGCAGUUGGAGCUUAUGGUGGCGGGGGCUCCUCCUCACAUAAGAAGUCAAAGAAAAAGAAGAAACAUAAGCACAAAGACAGAGAUAAAAACGGCUGUGAUGAUGAAUACAGCGUCAUAUCUGACAGGAUCUCAAGACUCAGUGAUGAAAGCAGAGUGUCUCGCUCCAGGCUAGACCUCACGAGCUCCAGACUGAGCGAUGACAGCCGGCUGUCUCGUGUCUCCCGAUCAGACCUGCAGCUGGCCUCUUACACGUCUUCUGACUUGUACCGCCUCAAUGGUCUGUCCUCUUCCAGAAACCCAGGCUCAGCUUUCAAUGGUUACCAGCCUGUAGAGUACACUAGUUAUCGCAGCUCCGGCUCCAGAGCCUCCAGCAGGGCCGGGUCAGCCCGUACCAGCCCAGUGGUGGAGGACAGAGAUUAUCUUGAGAAGGGAUCUCGAGCAGCUUCAGCCUUAACAGCAGCCACGCUUACAUCAUUAGGAGGGUCGUCCUCCCGGAGAGGAAGCGGAGAGACGGCUUUAACUGUAGACGCCGAGAGCUCCAUACGAGAAAUCAAGGAGAUUCACGAACUGAAGGAUCAGAUUCAGGAAGUGGAAGCCAAGUACACUCAGAACCUAAAAGAAGUCAAGGAUGCACUAGCAGAAGUGGAGGAGAAGUAUCGUAAGGCCAUGGUGUCGAACGCUCAGCUGGACAAUGAGAAAAACAACCUGAUGUACCAGGUGGACACGCUCAAAGACUCACUCAUGGAGCUGGAGGAGCUGCUAACUGAGUCACGCCGAGAGUACGAGGAGAAAGUCAAGGAAUACGAGCGAAAGAAGUAUGCCCACAGCGUGCUUCAGUUCCAGUUCAAUGAAAUGAAAGAGACGCUAAAGCAAAGUGAAGAGCUGCUAAACGAGAUCCGUCAGCUGCGUUUGAAACAGGAGGGUUUUGUUAGAGAAAUAACUGAUCUGCAGGAGACGGUGGAGUGGAAGGAUAAAAAAAUUGGGGCCUUAGAGCGACAGAAAGAAUACACAGAUGCAAUCCGAAUUGAGCGCGAUGAGCUCAGAGAAGAAGUCGUGAAGCUGAAAGAUAUUCUGAAGAAACAUGGAAUAGUGUUGGGACCUGAUCUGAGCAUCAAUGGGGAUGUUGACGUGGCAGAAGCUGAUGAGUCCUCCAGUGUAGACCCUGCUUCCCAACCAGCUCAGGAGUCACAGACGACCCCAGCAGAGGGGAACAGCAUGCUCGGCAACACAGAGGAGACUGAGUUGAGAAGUAGCAGAGAAGAGGAAGAAGUGGGUCCAGAGCAGCAACAAGAAAUGCACGAGAAAGCCAAAGAGAAUCAUAUGAGCUCUGAUCUUCUCUGUAAUGCUGCUGAUGUUUCCACACUGAAAACAUCCAGUGAAGAACAGCCUCAAGAAGAACAAGAGACAUGCUUACCUGCAGAGAAAAACAACACUGGAGAAAAUGGUCUCAGUGAGGACUUAAAUGCAGAAAUCAGUGACUCUCCUAGUACAGAACCCAGUAGUUUUGAGCUGAAAGAGAUUGUAACAAGUCCUGAUGUUCCAGAAACAGAAAUGUCUGAGGAGGUUAAUUUAAAAGAGAUGAGUAGUCCAAAUGUAGUCGAGACAGAUGCCAAAAGUGUUAGUGUUGACACCAGUGAGGUGCAAGACAGCAAACAGGAAGCUGUUGAGAAAAGUAGUUUGACAAGUACUGAAUUAUGUCCUCAACAAAAAGUUGCAGAUGUUGCUCCAAAAGAAAAUUUAACCGAUGAAUCCGUUCCAACUGCUUCCAACAUUGAAGCUCAACCUGAGCCUGAAAAUGCAGAAGAGGCAGAGAACGAUGAGGCAGAGGAAACGCCCAGUAAAUCUCAGCCUCAGGGUACUCCUGCUUCAGGGAAAAAGAAGAAAAGGAAGAAGAGAGGCAAAAAGAAAGGAGGGGCUCAAGACGACAAGACCAAACAGAAAAAUGAAACGGCGAAUGAAAAGAAAAAAGACAAAGAACCAGCAGGAAGUAAUGGUGGAUCUGCUGCAGAACUUACUGUCGAUGGCUCUGUCACUCAAACCUUUAAGGAAUCAAAGAUGGAUCGAGUCAAGGAAGAGCAGGACAAGCAAGAAACUGAGGAAGUCAAUGCAGUGGAGCCGAUCGAAUCCAGUAAAUGUAAAGAACAAACUGUUUCAAAUGAGUGCCAUGAAGAAGAAACUUUGGAAACCAACACAGUAGAAGAAGCAGAAAUGGUAGUACCUACUCAGGCCAUUUCUGAAGCCCAAAAAGAAGUAACAGUGGAUCAUGUUAAGGAUGAACAGAACCAGGAACAAACUUUAGAAACAAAGGCCACAGAUACAGUAGAGGCAGAGGAACCUACUCAAAGUUUGUCUCAUGCAGAAAUUCUCGUGGAAACUGAAACAGACUCCAAAAUUGAUGAUGAAGACACCAAACAAACUUUAGAAAACAACAAGAUAGAAGAAAUGGAAGAAGUAUCACCUGCUGAAAACCUUUGUCAAACAGAAACUCUCAGCAAAGUAAUAGUGGAUGAUGUUACAGAGGAACAGAAUGAGGAACAAACUUUGGAAAUAGAGACUGACAGGGCAGUAGAGACAGAAGAACCCACUGAAAGUUCUUCUCAUUUGGAAACCAUCAAGGAAUCAAUAGAGACAGAUUCCAAAGAGGGUGAUCAAGAGGAGAAACCAACUUUGGAAGUAGAGACAUUAGAAGAAGUGGAAUAUGUGACCUGUGUUGAAAACAGUGAAACUCCCAGUGAAACAAUAGCGGAUCACGUUACAGAAGAACAGAAUGAUGAAGAAACUUUGGAAACAGAGACUGUAGAAACAGUAGAGGCACUGAAAAGUGUUGAAACUCUUGAAGAAUCCAGAACAGAUUCUGAAAAAGAUGAACAAGACCACAAGCAAACUUUUGAAACAGAGAAAGUACCGGAAAUGGAAACUGCAACAAAUCCUGACACAGAGGCCAACAUCUGUACAGCCGAACUCAACUCCAACAGUGCAGAGGGCACUGAUGGCCUUGACAAAGAGUGUACGUCCAGUGUAGAUGAUCCUGAAAGGGUCGGUAUCUCAACUGAUGGUGAUGUCAUCCAUACUGAUCAAACAGAAGAGAAAGUAGAGUCUGCUGAUGACAGGAAAUCUGACAGCACGUCUAACAACACUGAAAACAGCCAUGAAACGAGCAGCAACACUGAAGGAGAAUCACACGUUGCAACCAAUGGUGACAUUGCUGCCAAUGACUCCGAGUCUGCUUCUGAGAGUAAAGACGACACAUUCAUCCUGCCACCGUCUGCUGAUGACUCCCCUAUUGGUGUCAAAGGUUCAUCUGACAUGGAGCCAUCCGAAGUUAUAAACUCGGGUACAGAUGACCCUCCCACCGACGUUACCAGCGAGGUUCCUGAGGAGUCCGCUGAUGGGGAGCCAAGAGCAGAGACUGAACAAGAAUGUCCUCCUGCCAUUGUCACAUCUCUACAUCAGGAUGGUGAUAAUUCAGAAAACAAAAAUCUGGAAGAACCUAAAGAUUUAGUUAAUCCAGAUGAAAAAAGCAACAGUUGUGAUGGUGCAUCAUCAACAGAAAGCCCUGAAGCCUUAAGCACUGAGACUGUAGUGCAGGACGAAGAACUAGAGAUCAGUGCUGCUGUCGUGUUAGAUACACCACAGGCUCCAAAAGAAGCUACUGAAACUGGUUCUUCAGCUGAUCUGGAAUCAGCUGUCGUGGAAGAUCCGCAACAUAAAAACGAUCAACAUGAGGAAGCGUCAUCCUUGUCAACUGAGCAACCGCAUGAAUCCAACAAAGACCAAUCUGAAAAUAAUAAUCAGUUGGAGAGUGAAGGGGAAGAGGAUGAGGAAGAUGAAGGGCAGUCUUUUGAUUUUGAUGACAUGGAUAUCGAAGCAGCUGAAGAAUCGACUCGUUCCCAAAAUCCAGAGCAGGAAGAAGUUGAUGAGGGAGUUGAAUUAACAGCAGAUGAAACCAACGAUGGGCUGUGCCAAAGUAAUGCCGAGUCAAAUGAAAACAAGCCAGCUGAAGCCAAUGAUGGAGGCAACCAGGCAGAUAAAGACCCAGAUACGGUGCCUCAAGAAGACCAGAACUCUGUGGCUCAUGAGGAAGCUACCUCAGAAAAGGUGGAAAAUGUGUGUGAAGAUGAGAAAAACACACAUAAAGAAGAAGCCGGUGAAGGAGACCAGCCAGGCAAAGCUUCAGAGGAAGUCUCGAGCGCUGGAGCACUGGGAGCUGUUGCAGAGAACAUUAACCAGACCGUGUCUUCAUCAGUAGAGGCAGGGAUAGAUGUGGUCAAGAAUGCAUUGCAGGGUGAAGAUGCAGAUUUACCAAAUAGUGCAGACCAAGCGGGCAGCAAUAAAGGGGCAGCACAGUCAGGGAAGGAGUCAAAGAAGAGUGGAAAGAAAGGCAAAGGAAAGGGCAAGGAGGAAUGUAAGAUGUCUUUGUGCAUGCUAACACCCCCCUUCCCAUCCCUCACACACCGCUCCAUCACGCCCUCAUUGGAUGCCUGCUCUGUUGCAUGCAUCAACCCCAGCCCCCUCCCUAUCAUCUCUCCGGGUCCUCCCACCCCUGAGAUUCGCCUGAGGAAACUGGUGGAUGAGCGUGAGAAAAUGAUAGAGCAGGUAAAGAAACUAAAAACCCAGUUGGAACAGAAAACUCAGAAGAACGGCACAGACAGCAGCCCAGACGCUGAAAUUAUUGAAAAUGGAAACGAUCCAAACAUAAUGGAAUUACAGAGAGACUCCAACAGGCAGAUCAGCGAGUUGAAGUUCAAACUCGUGAAGGCAGAGCAAGAAGCGACGGCAUUAGAACAAAAUGUGACCAGACUCGAGGGUCAGGUGACGCGCUACAAGUCUGCUGCCGAGAACGCUGAAAAAAUUGAGGACGACCUGAAGGCCGAGAAACGGAAACUCCAGAGAGAGCUGCGAUCGGCACUGGACAAGAUCGAGGAGCUCGAGUCCAACAACAACCACCUUUCUAAAAGACUGGAGAAGAUGAAGUCCAGCCGCGGCAUGGCGCAGACUCCAUAGCACCAACUGCACGCAGCAGCUUCAUCGUGAUUUUAACAAAAAACUGGCUUAAAAAGGGAAUCAUCCGGCUUUCUGGGUUUCUCUUUCAGCUGCCUAAUAGCAACUUUAAUAAAACACAAAAAAAUCACACAUAGUUAUCCACAGAAUAGAGAACACCAACAAGCCAUGUGCCAUUUCUUUGUUUUCUGUCCGAUGAGUGUUUUUCGUAGCAUCGUGCACACACCCAGAAAGUACAUGAAGGAACUGAGGGGUGCGCCGGUUCGUGUACUUUCAUUGUGACUGUGGCUGAACCAGAACCGGGCCCACAAAAUGUUGCGCUUCCUCCCCCAACUCUCUGCUGCUCUUCACCGAGAUGUUUCGUCUCCUAACUCAAACGGAGGGAAGAGAAAUUCAGGACGGUGCACGGCGCCGUUAGCCACGGCUCAGACUGUUACUUUCAGCUUCGUGUUGUUGUUUUUUUUUUCUUUUUGCAUCGAAAGCCAAACUAGUUUUAAAAUGGGGUUAAAGUCUGGGUGUUUGUCAACUAUGCAAGAUGGUUUUUGUAGCACCUCAAACAUGAUCUGAUCAGUCAGAACGUUUUUGGAGUUUUCACGUAGCCAGCAGUUUACUGAAAGUUUUUGCCCACAGCGUGUAUCCGUCUCCUUCUGGGAAACAGUCGUAUCUCGGAGCUUCUUCCUGCUUCACGUAGUCGGUCACUGGUUGGCUCUUGUGCACUCACGUAAAGGCUGAGACUUACUGACGAAAUGUGACGACAGGGACUCACAAAGCGGUGUUAGCAGAAGAUACAGAGCACACUGGGGAGAUGCUGCUUCACUGUUUACAGAGCUUUAAACCGUUUGUAAGGAAGCAAAGAACUGUAACCUUUGUGCAAUAAAAAAUUCAAACUGAA